AUGGUGACUGAGAUCAUUCUUACAGGGAUACCCACUACCAGAGCUCUUGGCAGCCUCCUGUUCUUAAUAUUUUUAUUUGCCUACUUGGUGACUGUCCUUGGAAAUGGCCUCAUCAUUACCCUUAUCUUUGUGGACUAUAGACUCCAAUCACCAAUGUAUUUCUUCCUCAGCAAUCUUUCUUUCAGUGAAAUAUUAACCACAACCUGUGCUGUUCCCAAGAUGCUAGCGGGCUUCCUAUCAAAGAGGAGCAGCCUCUCAUUUGGUGAAUGUUUCAGUCAGUUUUAUUUCUACUUUCUCUCUGGAUGUACCGAGUUUAUCCUCUUUGCUGUCAUGUCUUAUGACCGGUAUGUGGCCAUUUGCAGCCCCCUUCAGUACCCAGUGAUUAUGAACAGCUCCCUCUGUGUCCGCCUUGUUAUCCUUUCCUGGGUGGGGGGCUUUUUCCUCAUCCUCCCAUCCACUAUCCUUAAGGCAAGAUUGCCAUACUGUGGCCCCAAUGUGAUCGAUCACUUUUUCUGUGACAGUGCCCCUCUCCUGCAUUUAGCCUGUGCUGAUAUUCGUAUUAUUGAGCUCCUGGACUUCCUCAGUUCCCUUGUCCUGCUCAUCAGCUCCCUCUCCCUCACCCUGGUCUCCUAUGUGUACAUCAUCUCCACCAUUCUGAAGAUACCCUCAGGCCAAGGUCAACGCAAAGCUUUUGCCACCUGUGCCUCCCACUUCACUGUGGUCUCCAUGGGCUAUGGGAUCUCCAUCUUCGUCUAUGUUCGCCCCUCACAGAAGAGCAGCCUGCAUCUCAACAAGAUGCUCUUUAUCCUCUCCAGUGUCAUCACACCACUUCUAAAUCCCUUCAUCUUUAGUUUACGAAAUGAGACCAUGAAAGAUGCACUGAAGGAUGGUUUGGCCAAAGGCCGAAACUUCGUUAAACAGAUUAGAUCCAAGUAA